AUGACAUCAAGUGAAGUUAAGAGAUCUUUAUUAAGAGCAGCACCAGUCGAUCCUGAUGAUGAAAUCGUCAUUUCGGGAAUUUCUGGAAGAUUCCCAAGUUCUGCUAAUGUCGCUGAGUUUGCUCAUAACCUUUAUAAUAAGAUUGACAUGGUUAAUGAUGCAGAAACGCGAUGGAAGCACAUUGACCCCGAAAUCCCAACGAGAUUAGGAAAAACUGUCAAUUUGAAUAAGUUUGAUGCCUCGUUCUUCUCGGUUCAUAAUCGUCAGGCAUCUUAUAUGGAUCCACAAUGUCGUUGCUUACUUGAACAUGCUUAUGAAGCUGUACUUGAUGCUGGUAUUAGUCCUAAAGCUAUUAAAGGAAGCCGUACUGGAGUUUAUGUUGGUUGCUGUUUUGCUGAAUCUGAGGAAUUUAUGUUUUACGAGAAAUCUGUUAAGGAUGGUUUAGGUUUGACGGGAUCUGCACGUGCUAUGUUGGCUAAUAGAAUUUCUUUCGGAAUGGAUUUACAAGGACCUAGUUUUAUGGUUGAUACAGCUUGCAGCAGUGCUACUUAUGGACUUGAUGCUGCUUUUAAUGCUAUUCGUAGUGGUGAAUGUGAUGCAGCUCUUGUUGGUGGAACAAACUUGUUGCUUCAUCCUCAUAUUACUCUUCAAUUCGCUAGAUUAGGUGUUUUAUCAAAAGAUGGCUUCUGUAGACCUUUAGACAAAGAUGCUGCUGGAUACACAAGAAGUGAGGCUAUCAGUCUUAUCUUUUUACAAAGAAAACGUGACGCCAAGCGAGUCUAUGCUAAUCUUGUUUACACUAAGACCAAUAAUGAUGGAUUCAAAAAGGAAGGAAUCACUUAUCCAAGUGGAUUUACACAAAUUCAAUUGCUUGAAGAGUUUUACAAAGACAUUAAAUUAGAUCCACGCACAGUUGAUUAUGUUGAGGGUCACAGUACAGGAACUAAGGUCGGCGAUCCUGAAGAAUGCCACACGCUCGAUACAAUAUUUUGUAAAGGACGUGAAGGGCCGCUAUUGAUUGGUGCUGUAAAAUCAAACAUGGGUCACAGUGAGGCAACAUCGGGUAUUUGUUCUAUUGCCAAACUUAUUUUAAUGUUUGAACGCCAAGAAAUUCCCGCAACAAUUCAUUACAAAGGUCCUCGUUCCGAUUGUAAAGCAUUAAUUGAAGGACGUUUGAAAGUCAUUGAUGAGAAUACAGAAUUUAAGGGCAAAUUGGUUAGCAUGAACAGUUUUGGUUUUGGAGGUGGAAAUGCUCAUGCUUUGUUCAAAGCAGUUACGGGAGAUAAGAUUAAUCAUGGAAUUCCAAAUGAUGAUUUACCAAGACUUGUUACAUGGUCUGGUCGUACAGAAGAAGCUGUUGAAACUGUUAUGAAUGCCAUAAUUGAAAGACCAUUAGAUGCUGAGUUUGUUGGAUUACUCCAUAAUACUCAAAUUGAAACAGUCUCAUCAAAUAUUUAUCGUGGUUUUGGUAUUUUUGCUAAAAAUGGUGAAGAAAAUGCGACUUGCAUCAACAAAAGUGUACAGAACUUCAGUGCUUCAAAGAGACCAAUCGUUUGGGUGUACAGUGGAAUGGGUUCACAAUGGGCUGGUAUGGGUGCUGAUUUAAUGAAGAUUCCAAUCUUUGCUAAAGCAAUUGAGACAUGCCACAAUGCUUUACUUGACAAAGGAAUUAACUUGAUUGAAAUUGUCACAUCUGAAGAUCCAUCCACAUUUGAUAACAUUUUGAAUGCAUUUGUUGGAAUUUCUGCAAUUCAAAUGGGUUUGACAGAUAUUCUCAAAGCAUUGGGAAUAGUCCCAGAUUACAUUAUUGGACAUUCAUUUGGUGAAUUGGGAUGCGCUUAUGCUGAUAAUUGUUGUAGUCCUGAAGAGAUGAUUUUGAGUGCUUAUUCACGUGGUAUGGCAAGUUUAGAAACUAAAGUUCCAUUUGGAUCAAUGGCUGCUGUUGGAAUGGGAUAUAAUCAAUUGAAGGAUAUUACACCAGAAGGAAUUGAAAUCGCUUGCCAUAAUUCAGCUGACUCUUGUACAAUUUCUGGACCUGCUGAUGAGAUUGCCAAGUUUGUUGCUAAAUUAAAGAGUGACAACUUCUUCGCAAAGGAAGUAGCUUGUGCUAAUAUUCCUUAUCACAGCAAAUACAUCGCAGAUAUGGGACCAAAUCUCCUUAAACGCCUCAGAGAAGUUAUUAAGAAUCCAGUCAAGCGUUCAGAAAAAUGGAUCUGCUCAAGUGUUCCAGAAUCAAACUGGAAGUCUAUUGAAAGUGAAUACUCAUCAGCUGAAUAUCACACAAAUAAUCUUCUUAGUCCAGUUUUGUUCGAAGAAGCAACAACUCAUCUUCCUAAAGAUGCUAUGACAAUUGAAAUUGCUCCAUAUGGCUUGUUGCAAUCUAUCUUGAAGAGAUCAUUGGGAGAAGGUCAGCAUUUCAGCUUGACACAGCGUAAUAAUAAGGAAAAUGCAAUGUAUCUCCUAAACUCUUUGGGAAAACUCUUUGAGAAUGGAUUAGAUUUUGAUGUCAGUAAGUUAUAUCCACCAGUACAAUUCCCAGUAUCUCGUGGAACUCCAAUGAUUGCACCACUGAUUAAAUGGGAUCAUAAACAAGACUUAUUUGUCUAUAAAUUUGAUGAACGUAUUGCCAGUGAAAAGAGUUUCACAGUCAAUCUUCUAGAUCAAGACUAUGAGUUUAUUUCUGGACAUGAAAUUGAUGGAAGAGUUUUAUUCCCGGCGACUGGAUACUUAUAUCUUACAUGGGAAGCUAUGGCAUAUCAACACAGAUUCUCAAUCCAUGAAUUUGACAUUGAAUUUGAGGAUGUGAAAUUCUUGCGUGCAACAACAGUAUCAAAGACUCAAGAAGUUGAGCUUGUUGUGGUUAUUCAAAAAGGUACAGGAAGAUUUGAAAUUCUUGAUGGAACAACUGCUGUUUGUACUGGUCUUGUUCGAAGACCUGUAAAUUCAAAAUUGACUGUCAUCAACACACCAGAAGAUUCAAAACUUACAACCUUAUACAACCGUGAUUUCUAUAAAGAAUUAAGACUUCGUGGAUACAACUACAAGAACUUAUUCAGAUCAGUUCAUACUGCAAGAUCUGAUGGAUUAAAAGGACGCGUUAAAUGGCAAGACAAUUGGGUUGCAUUCCUUGAUUGCCUUCUUCAAUUACAAAUUAUUGCUUCCGAUACUCGAUCACUUAUUCUUCCAACAGGACUUCGUAAGCUUGUUAUUCAUCCAAAAGAACAUUUGGACAUGCUCAAUGCUAUCGAAAGAAAUGAGAAAAUUAUGGAUGUUCACUGUUCAGAUCACAUUAAAGCUCUUCGAUGUGGUGGAAUUGAGAUGCGUGGUUUAAAUGCAAAUUCAGUUGGACGACGUCAACCACCAGGUUUUCCAGUUCUUGAAACUUAUCAAUUUACUCCACACUUCCCUGCACCCGUCAUGGACAAAACUGAUAUGGCAAGAUUUUGUGUACAGUUAGCACUCGAAAAUUUCCCAUCAGCCAAAUUCGUAUGCACUGAAAUUGAUACAAACAAUGGACUUGAACCAAUUAUUAAUGCAUUUGGAGAAGCUGUUGGUGAUCUUCCUCUUAUCACUUCAGAUUUGACAUAUUUAACAGCAAAAACUGAACUUGAACUGCCAAGUGUUAAGCUUUCAGAAUCUGACAUUACAUCAUGUGCUAAUAACAAUUUCAUUAUUCGAUCUGAUUGUCUGGCUGAUCAACAGUUCUUAGAAUUAGCAUCAUCACAGUUUGCUGACAAUGGAUUCAUUGUAUCGCGUGAAUCAAACGAGAAGCAACAAGCACCAACAUUAAAUAUUCCGAAUGGAUAUCAAGUUGUGGCUGUAGUUCCAAUGGAAUCCGAAAUUAUUGUUUUACUUCAUUACACUAAAGCUACUCGGGAGAAAGCUACAAAAGUCAUUAAAAUUGAUACUCAUGACGAUACUUAUCCAUGGAUUGAAGAACUUCAACAAGCCGUAGCAGCAGGCCCAGUUAUUGCAUAUGCUGAAAAUGAUAAACUCUCAGGAAUUAUUGGUCUAGUUAACUGUAUUCGUAAGGAACCGAAUGGAAAUAACUUAAGAUGUGUUUAUGUUGAUGACACAACUGCUCCACCAUUUAAUUUAGAGGAUCCAUUCUAUGCAACAGUUUUAAAUCAAGGACUUGCAAUUAAUGUCUACAGAAAUGGUCAAUGGGGCAGUUAUAAGCACUUAAUAUUGAGACAAAAUCUAGAACCAGCACGUUAUACUUCUCACUGUUAUGCUAAUUCAUUAAUUCGUAGUGAUUUGUCUUCAAUUAAAUGGUUUGAAGGUCCAAUGGGCAAUGCCAAUGGAGAUGAUAUUGUUAGAAUUAUGUACUCAUCAUUGAAUUUCCGUGAUGUUAUGCUUGCAACUGGUAAAUUAGCAAUUGAAACAUGUGCAAAGACAAGAUUAGAGCAACAAUGUGUUACUGGAUUUGAAUUUAGUGGAGUUAAAGGAUAUGGUAAUUACAAGCGUGUAAUGGGUAUGGUAAUUGGAGGUGCUUUAGGAACGCAUGUACAAAUGGAUGCAGAUUUAUUGUGGAAUGUACCAGAUGAUUGGCCAUUAUCAGAAGCUGCUUCAUACCCUGUUGUCUAUGGAACUGUUUAUUCUUGCUUCUUCAUUACAACACAGAUCAAAAAAGGAAAAUCAAUUCUUAUUCAUGCUGGAUCAGGUGGUGUUGGAUUGGCAGCAAUUCGUGUUGCUUUAGCUUAUGGGCUUAAUGUCUUUACAACUGUCAGUACAGAAGAAAAGAAGGACUUCUUGUUAAAUGAAUUCCCACAAUUGAAACGAGAACAUAUUGGACAUUCACGAGACACCUCAUUUGAAGAUCUUUUGAUGACUUUAACCGAAGGAAAAGGUGUUGAUUAUGUUUUGAACUCACUAGCUGAAGAGAAAUUACAAUCGUCUAUUAGAUGUCUUGGUCAAGGUGGUAUUUUCUUGGAAAUUGGUAAAUUUGACAUGUCUAAAGACAGCAAAAUCGGUUUGGGAGAGUUCUUACGUGAACUUUCAUUCCAUGCUGUACUUGUUGAUAACUUAUUGAGAGCACCACAUGAUGAAAAAAUGGUUCUUAAACGACUUAUGCAAAAUGACUUGGAUCGUGGAAUCAUUAAGCCACUCAAGACAACAAUCUACAAAGCUCAUGAAAUUGAACAAGCUUAUCGUUUCUUAGCCAGUGGAAAACAUAUGGGAAAAGUUAUUGUUCAAAUUCGUGAAAAUGAAACUGAUGAAAUGACAUUGCCCAUAACUGUAUUACCAAGACUUUAUUGUAAUCCUGAACAUUCUUACAUAAUUCCUGGUGGACUUGGAGGAUUUGGUCUUGAACUUGCUGAUUGGUUGGUGCUUAGAGGUUGCAAAAAAUUAGUUCUUAGCUCAAGUCGAGGCAUUAGCAAGCAAUAUCAAGCUUAUCGUAUUAGCAUCUUUGAAUCUUAUGGCACAAAAGUUGUGGUUAAUACAUCAGACAUUUCAACAAAAUCAGGAUGUGAAGAUCUCAUUUUAGAAGCAAUGAAAAUGGGUCCAAUCGGUGGAAUAUUCAACUUAGCUGUACUCUUAAAAGAUUCUAUUUUUGAGAAUCAAGAUGCAACAAAGUUUGUUGAAAGUAUGGCACCAAAGGCUUAUGCUACUAAACAUUUGGAUGAAAUUUCAAGAGUUUUAUGUCCAGUUUUGAAAUACUUUGUUGUAUUCUCAAGUGUAUCAUGCGGACGUGGUAAUGCUGGUCAAAGUAAUUAUGGUAUGUCUAAUUCAGUCAUGGAAAGAAUCAUGGAACAACGUAAAAAUGAUGGAUUACCAGCUAAAGCAAUUCAAUGGGGUGCAGUCGGUGAAGUUGGUUUAGUUGCUGAUAUGGCUGAAGAUAAGUUGGAUAUGGAAAUCGGUGGAACUUUGCAGCAGAGAAUCUCAUCUUGUCUACAAGAAUUAGAUGGAUUGAUCUUAAAUGAACAUCCAAUUGUAGCAAGUAUGGUUGUAGCUGAAAAACGCUACUCAAGUGAAUCAACUGGAAAUAUUAUCGAUACAAUCAUGAAUGUUAUGUCGAUUAAGGAUCCAAAAUCUGUUUCAAUGGAAACAACACUUUCAGAAUUGGGAAUGGAUUCUCUCAUGACUGUCGAAAUCCAACAAACAUUGGAGCGUGAAUACGAUGUUGUCAUUUCUCCACAGGAAUUGCGCUCAAUGACUUUGUCACAGUUACAAAAAUGUGUAAAUAACCGCGACUCAACAGAUACUGAUAAGAAGACUGUAAUAUCCAAUGAUAAAGUGCCAAAGGGAAUCGCAUUAAUGUUAAGAAAUUGCGGAGAUGAAACUAAUAGCAAAGAGACAAUCUUGAAAUUGCAAAGUCAAUCAGAUGAAGGUGUUAAAGCCCUCAUUCUUCCUGGAAUUGAAGGAAUGGCUGGAAAUGCUUGGUAUGAAAUUUCUAAAAACAUGCGAUAUCCAACAUAUAUCUUGCAAAUUUUGGAGAAGGCAUGGCAGAGCAGAGAAUUAGAUGAGAUCUGCAAAAAUGUUGAAAGUGACGUAGUUGAACUUUAUCGUGACGACACAGAGUUCUUCUUUGUUGGCUACUCUUUUGGAGCAUUGAUGGCAAUGAAACUUGCUAAAGUUUUGGAACAACAUGGCAAAGUUGGUAGAAUCGUACUCAUUGAUGGUGCACCAAAGCUUUUGAAGACAUUAGCUGUUGAUCAGUUGCCAGAAAAUUGGACUGAUGACAUGGUUAGAAAUAUAAUCCUUACAAUGAUCAUAAUUUCGUGCAUCCCAGAAGAUAAUGGAACAAUUAUCAAAGAAAUUCUUGCGAUUCCAAGCUUUGAUGCCAGAAUUAAGAAACUGGCUACACGACAAACUAUGUACAGUGAGGAAUAUGGCCUUAAAAUUUGCAGUGCAUUUGUCAAUCGCUUAAUAUUGACAGCUAAAGUUGACCUGAAUUCAUUUGAAAAAGUAGAUGCUAAAUUUUCACUUAUUCGCCCAUCGGAACCAUCAAUUACUGAAAUUGAGGAAGAUUAUGACUUGGGACAAUAUACAAAUAAGCAUGUUGCUGUUAAAUAUCUUGAAGGAAAUCACGCUACAUUGCUUGACAACCCCAACUUACCAGCUGAACUGAAUAACAUGUAAUUUUUUAAACCUUGACAUUCAAAAUUAUUAUUAUUAUUACUUGUAUUGAUUUACUUUUUUAAAGUAGUACUGACUUAAUGUGUGCAAUGGAAAUUGAAUAAAAAUAAAUUAAUUUAAUCCAAA